AUGUCAGUACUAUUCCCGGAUAAUCCGGGUACAAGUCUCGGUGAGGCACGUUUCUCGAAUUUCACACAGGAAAUUCCCGAAGAAAGCCCGAAUUGGAUAACGGAUAUCUUCCCGAACAAUUCAUUUAUCGAUAGUGAAGCGCAUACGGUAAUCAAAGGAUUCUGCAGGGAUGUAUUACUGUACGAAUUACCAUUUUUGGGGAUACGCUACUGGGACCUAGCGAUACUAGCACCGAAUCUAUUGUUCUCGUUGUUUCUACUUGUAAACGCCAAACAUGUGUUGAAAAAAAUCACAGGCUCGAAAAGUCCCGUAUUUCGAGCAUUUUUUAUUUUGGUUUACCUCACUACUUUUAUGAAUGUGGUACGAUGCAUCGUGUCGAUGUCAAUAAGUGCUACGAAUCCGGUCGGCGAAUUGGUUGAUAAAAUCCUGUGGAUUUCGUUGAAAUUUUUUUACAUGACUUCUGAGUUGAGUGUGUUGACGUUCGCAUUGCUGUUCGGUCAUCUUGACAGUUCAACCAGCAUUCGAAGGGCGCUAAUAGCGACAUUAUUGAUCAGCCUGGCUCAUACUGGUAUACAGUCCGUGCUAGAAUUGAAAUUGAUCGAUCAGUCAGUUGCGGACGGCUUUUUUGACCUGCACUCACAAGGAGGUCUACUCUUUUGGAUGCUCACCUCUGCUGCUUUCGCUCUCGUUUAUUUGUUCGUUCUCUGUCUGCCGAUUACAUGUGUUAGGAGAUACGUGACUCUUCCGAGCAAAUGCUCUUUUUACCUAUACUGUAUAUUACUAUCAUUUUUGAAUAUUCUUCAAGCAUUGGGUGCAGUUUUGCUCUUUUUCCAAGCAACGGAUGGAAUGUGCUUUGUCGAUUUCUCCACUUAUUUGUACUUCUGCUUCUAUACUCCAAUUGUUUACGUGACGUUCUUACGAAGAUCCUUGAAGCAUCCAAGCUCGAAUUCCGGCAAUAGUCUAUUCUCAUAUAGAAAACAGCGUGACGAACAUGGUUCUGGAGAUCUACCCGAUUCAUAUUAUCCACGUUUUUCGGGCUUAACCUCACCGUCAUACGAUGACCUAUUCGAUUGUUCCCCACGUUUUGGUAGUGUUCCUUUUCCGGAUGCUCCGCUGAUGCUCUCGACAGCGGAGACAGCCGAAUCGACGGUCACCACGAGAACUGGGUCUGACGAGUGGGAAGCCAGGCAUUCUGGAUACUGGGACACGAACGUCGAGACACGACAUCUAAAAGGUCUCGGCGCUGACGGAAGUCUCGUCUUUGACGACGAUCCAUAUCCACGAUGGCAUCGAUAA